AUGUCCUCGAUCGCGUUGCACGUGGCCUUGCUAAGUGGCGAGCAGAAAGCCUUUUCUCUGACACCCCACUCUACCGUCGGCGAGCUGAGGGAGGUUGUUCAGAAGGAGUGGCAGAAACCCAUCGGGAAGCUGAUAAGUGCCUCAGGAGCCCGCUUGUUGGAGUCGGCUACACUCACGCAAGCGGGCAUCAGAGAAAACGAGGUGAUCACCGCCAUCAUCCAAGAUGUCUCUGUAGCAGCCACAAGGGACGCAUUUGCCGCGAUCCGCGCGAAUGGCACCGUAGUGACAUGGGGAUGCCCAGACUCUGGCGGCGAUUGCAGCGCAGUGAAGAACCAGCUGCAGAAUGUGCAGCGAAUCCAAGCAACAUGUGGUGCUUUUGCCGCCAUCCUGGAAAAUGGUUCAGUAGUGUCUUGGGGGCACGCGGACUUAGGUGGAGACAGCUCCGAUGUGCAAAGCGAGCUCCAGGGCGUGUGCCAGAUUCAAGCUGCACAUGCUGCUUUCGCUGCAAUCAAGGUGGACGGAUCUGUAGUGACCUGGGGAGCGCCGAAUUACGGAGGCGACUGCAGUGCUGUGCGCGACCAGCUUGCCAGCGUGCAGCACAUCCAAUCCAGCCUCGCGGCUUUCGCGGCCCUUCGGGCAGAUGGACGGGUGGUGACGUGGGGUUCAGGCUACCUUGGUGGUGACAGCUCCGAUGUGCGCGAUGAGCUGCGGGAUGUCCUGCAAGUCGCUCCCAUCUUUCCUUUCGGUUUUGCCGCAAUCAAAGCUGGAGGUAGAAUUGUAUGCUGGGGCGGCAUGUUGUACCGUGGUGUGCAUCAAACUGGGCUGGACAGCAUUGCGCACUUCCAAGCCAAUAGCGCGCGAUGGGCUGCUGCCACAGAACAGGGGCGCCUGGCCCUCAGCCUUCGAAGCCAUGGCCAGGGGUGCCUGCAGGUGCCGGACGGUGCAGCCAGCAUUGUGUCCUGCACAUUCGACACAGUCGCGAUACUUCAGAAAGAUGGAACGGUGCAGUUUUGGGGGUGCUCUGUCCCAGAGCAGCUCAGGAAGAAAUUAACAAGCGUUGUCCGACUUCGAUGUGGACCCGGUGACUAUGCCAUGUGUGCGGCGAUCCGAUCAGAUGGAUCUGUUGUGGCCUGGCAGUACUCGGCGCGGGGGGCCCUGUCUGUUAAUGGUCGUAAAUGCGAGCAGCUGCAGAAUGUCACUGACGUGCAGGUGACCCGCGGCGCUUUUGCGGCACUUCGGACAGAUGGGACCGUCGUUACGUGGGGGAGUGCUGAUUCUGGCGGGGACAGUGCCAGCGUUCAGGGACAGCUGAAGAACGUGGUACGCAUUCAAGCAGGCCAUGCAGCCUUUGCUGCCAUCCGUUCUGAUGGAUCCGUGGUAUCAUGGGGUGACCCGGUGUAUGGAGGCGACAGCAGCCGAGUUCGAGACCAGCUGGGCCAAGCGUGGGUGGAGACCGAGGCAGCGAAGCCACGACCCCGCGUCAGCAAGCCGAAGGCCAAGCCUGGAGUCCUCAAGAAGCCGUCAAAGAGGCAAACAAAAAAACCUUUGCCGGAUUCCGAGGGGUGUCCUUGCGCCUACAUCGGGUAG